AGUGAGAUCUCCAUUUUGUGUGUUUUUUCCUAGAGGUUAGCGCUUACUUUAAUUUUUGGCUGUGAACGACACAGCUAAUUCCGUGAUUUUCGGGUGCAAUUUUAUACCUAACACAUUGGAUUGGAUGAUCCGAUUGAUGACUUGCUUAUCCGUGUCCUGCUACGAUUCGCAAGGAGAACGCAAUCAGAUGUUUUCGUGUUUCUGGCCCAUUUGCGAGCAAAAUAACACCAAAACAAGAACAACAAUGUCAGACGAUGCAUGGAGUCACAUCCAGCUACCAAACGCCUGAAGGGAUUGUAAGAUGGGUCAAGGAGGAGUGAAGAGCAGGAGUAACAAAAACAACAGCAGAGUUAGGCGCCGUCUGAUAGAAAACCCCUCAGAGGGAACCCUUCUCAACUACGCUCCCAACAUGUCCGUUGCCUUGGCAACCACCAACGCGCCUUGUUCCUUCGAUCCAGCCAACUGAUGCAAGCAGGUGACGUGCCCAGCGGAACCAGUAACAGACCUCACCUCAGCCACCACCACCGCUCCGUGGGCCUCUACCUGGAAUACCCAGAGCCUCCCGCCACAAAGGUUUGUACAAAGGACCAGAGAGCCCAGACCCAGCAGACCUACAUGUUCCUGAGAAUCUGACUCUUCAUCCUCGGGGAGACCUACUCCUGCCUGGAAAACAGCUGACUUCCACCGCUCCACACACAGCAUGGACUCCCUAAUCGGGGACUCAGACCCCAACCUGUUCCCCAUGUCCAUGAGGACGGAGACCGCCUUCUCCCGGGACCAGAACCCUAUGGAUAUGGACCAGGAAGGGUACAUUGGAAAAGACCAGAAACUGUUCAGCGACAACACUCUGGAUCUCCUCCAGGACUUUGAGUUGACAGGCUCCCCCUCAGACUUUUACGUAGGAGACGACGCCUUCCUCUCCUCCCUGGCUGAUGACACUCUCCUGGGGGAUGAGAGCCAGGAUCGUGGGGUCUCCAACUCCACCUCCAAGCCAGCUGCUACUAUGACCAAUAGUGGUAGUUUUAGCGGUUCCAACACCACCACAUUGAAUGGUAGCAGUCUACUAGCAUGUCAGGAUGAGUCCAACUCCAGCACCUCUAUGACAACCACCGCCACUUUCCCCGUGGUGAAGAUGGAGAAGGAAUCUGGCUUCAUCCAGCUGUGUACUCCAGGGGUGAUCAAACAGGAGAAGACGUCGGCCAUGCGUAGCUACUCCUGCCAGAUGAGUGGUAGUACCGGCGGCUCCACUUCCUCUUCUCCCUCCGAGCUGUCCAGCGCCAGCCCCAGCCCCAUCUCCAUCUGUGGGGUGAGCACCUCUGGAGGACAGAGCUACCACUUUGGAGGCAACAGCAGCAUCAACACCCCCUUGGCUUCCACCACCAGUGGAGCUUCUCAGCAGAAGGACCAGAAGCCCUCGGUGUUCAGCCUGUAUCCUCCGCUGGUGACAGUAGGAGAGGCCUGGAACAACAUUAGCUAUGGGGAUGGAGCUUCUGGAAUGCAAGGCCUCUCCAGCCCUACCUCCGCUUUCUCCAGCAGCUAUGCCAGUUCUACCUCCAAGCAUGGUGGUGGCGCUGCGUCAUGUACAACCCAGGGCAAGGCCGGGACCACCCAUAAGGUCUGUCUGGUGUGUUCAGAUGAGGCGUCUGGCUGUCACUACGGGGUGCUCACCUGCGGAAGCUGCAAGGUGUUCUUCAAGAGAGCCGUGGAAGGUACAGGGGCAAGGGGGCAACACAACUACCUGUGUGCUGGGAGGAACGACUGCAUCAUCGAUAAGAUCAGAAGGAAGAACUGUCCAGCCUGCCGCUUCCGCAAGUGUCUCCUGGCAGGGAUGAACCUGGAAGCUCGUAAAACCAAGAAGCUGAACCGUUUAAAGGGGGUACAGCAGCCCACCACUGCCGAGCUGACCCCCCCUCCUCUCCCAGAGGCCAGGUCGCUGGUCCCCAAGUCCAUGCCCCAGCUCACCCCCACCAUGCUGUCCCUACUAAAGGCCAUCGAGCCAGACACCAUCUACUCUGGCUACGACGGCACCCUGCCAGACACCUCCACCCGCAUCAUGACCACCCUCAACAGGCUGGGAGGACGACAGGUGGUAUCAGCCGUCAAGUGGGCCAAGGCCCUGCCAGGGUUCCGGAACCUUCACCUGGACGACCAGAUGACUCUGCUGCAGUGUUCCUGGUUGUUCCUCAUGUCCUUCGGCCUGGGCUGGAGGUCCUACCAACAGUGUGACGGGAAUAUGCUCUGCUUCGCUCCAGACCUCGUCAUCAACCAGGACCGUAUGAAGCUGCCCUACAUGGCAGACCAGUGUGAACAGAUGUUGAAGAUCUCCAGUGAGUUUGUCAGACUGCAGGUGUCUCAUGACGAGUAUCUGUGUAUGAAGGUUCUGCUGCUGCUCAGCACCGUGCCAAAAGAUGGUCUGAAGAGUCAGACAGUGUUUGAUGAGAUCAGGAUGUCCUACAUCAAGGAGUUGGGGAAGGCCAUCGUCAAGAGAGAGGAAAACUCCAGCCAGAACUGGCAACGCUUCUACCAGCUCACCAAGCUUCUUGACUCCAUGCACGAGAUGGUUGGUGGGCUGCUGGAUUUCUGCUUCUACACGUUCGUCAACAAGUCACUGUCGGUGGAGUUUCCAGAGAUGUUAGCAGAGAUCAUCAGCAACCAGUUACCAAAAUUCAAAGCUGGGAGCGUCAAGCCCCUCCUCUUCCACCAGAAAUGACUGUGGUGCUACCGCCACUGGCCGUGUCCACCACCGAGACACAAUGCCUUAAAAUCCCCUCACCUUCCCCUGACAGAGGGAGUCAGGGAAGAAGGCUGUUUUGGGAGAAAUUAUACCAUGUACAGGGGUUUGCUGAUUUUGGGGGAUGAAACGAGCGCCAUCGAGGAGGAAGGAGAGAUUUGUCAAGAGGCAGAAGACGAGACGGAGAGAGCAGAGGAUUUUUGUUUUGUUUAACAUCAAUGGUCUCUAUAAUCCAGUUAAUAGAAUACAUGUUUUCAUAAGUUGAAGUAUAAUCAAGGAUUGAACUCAACUAACCCUUUGUGUUUUCUCAGGUGUAUGACCCGCAGAACUUAACAAUAUCUAGAUGAAAUAAGUAUCUAUAUACAGAUUAUUAAGAUGAUGAUGAUGAUGAUGAUGUCUUACGUUUCUGCUGUCACAGUAUAUACAGUUUAUUAUACAGGCCAUUUCUUACCUCGGCAAAGGUAACACUAUAACUAUCUUGUCAUGUUAGUCACCAGGUUAACCCACUGUGUAUUCCUCUACCUGUUGCUGUUUUUAGGACGUUGUUGUAACAGAGUUCAUUAUCAAAAUCACAUGACGGCGUGUUUUCUUCCGUAACUGUCAUUUUCCAAACGCAUGUUGCAUUGAUUUUAAUUAUUAUUUUUUUUAAGUCAGGCGUAACGUGAUGAAAUUGUUUUAUAAAAUGAAAGCAUACAGUUCACAGAGCUAUCUUUGUGUACGUUAAGCUACCUGCUGGCUGCCAGGUUUACACACACCGUCGAUCAGAAAAAGGGAGAGGGGGGGAAAAAAGUGCCUUUUUUUUAGCUUGACGUCUGGUUUUAGCCGUUCUCUCUCUGACUGUCUGAGGAUGUUCUUCUUUCACCAUCACGGUUGACCCUCAGUGAAUGGGAUUGUUUUGUUUCUAUUACAUGCCGUUGCAGUCAGUUUAACUUUUUUAAAUGGCUGCCGUGUUAGUCUGUUGCUAUUGUAGCUCAGUUAUGGCUCCUCGGUGUGAACUAUAACAAUAAGAUCAGUAGUUUUAAAUAAUACUCCCAAUUUGCAUACAGUAUUCACCUGAUCUCUUGUACACGUCUCAUUUUUAAAUACAUUUAGUACAAUGACCCCCCCUACCAUUAUGAGAGCAUGUGGAAGUACACAGUAAAGAACAUGGCUUUAACUCUAUUGGAUGUUUGUAAAAUGAAGCUAUUAAUUGUCACCUUUUUGAACUUAUUUUUGUCAGCAAAAGUACUUUUGUCCAUCGAUGAACUAAUACCCUCUUCCUGUUGCUUUUGUUUUAACUGUUGUUUUGCUAGUUGUUGUUUUUUGCCCAUUUGACAUUAUUGGAAUGUGUUGGAGAGAGCGAUGCGUCAGCCAAUCAAAAAUGGAGAGUGCAGAUUCCACUUUUUUUAUUUUUUAUUUCAUGUAUCGACAGCCUCAAAACCAGAAGAGCUGGUUGCUAUGGUUUCCACUAAGAUUUGAUGGGAAAAUGGCUGUUCUUGAAUUUAGUUCUACAGUAGUUCUUGGUCUCUUAAGGAGAAUAUAAAUAGUAACAGUCAAAGUCAGAGGGCCCAGUGUUGACCCUCAAUACUCUAUAUGCUGGUUUCUGUAUGAACACACUGGUGUUUGAAUGGAUAGUAGAGUGGUGUGUAUGUGAAUGAAACAUGGGUAACUUGUCAUUAUUAAUCAUUAUAGCGCUUACAUUCUGGCAACAGUGACAUAUCACUGACAUAUCAGACAAUUAGACAAUUUUAUGAGAUGAAAACCAGCAAUACACAGGGGGUUCUGGAGAGGUGGACACGGAUGGACCCUUCUCUAGGACAACCUCCCAUUGCUGCUCACACAACAACCCCUUACCCACCCAGGCAUCUUGCUUACAACAUCUCAGCUCUUAUUGUUUCUCUCUCGCACUCUGUGUGUGUGUGUGCGUGCGUGUGCGUGACACAAAAGUUUUCCAGUAAAGCACUUAAUACUAACUUCAUUCUCUGUCAUCUUGUUUCUCACUCAAACUGUGAGCAUGUCACAAAUUACUCCCUGUUCCCUUUGUAGUGUGUUACUUUUGACCAGGACAAGGCUCUGGUCCAAAUUAGUGCACAAAAUAGGGAAUAGGGUGCUAUUUCAGACCGUAGUCUGUAGCUUAGUGGAUGAGGAGGGGAAGAGACGUAAACCAGGAGAUAUUUUGACCCGGUAACAGAGGACUGGGGUUUCCCACCCCUGUUCUAAGGGGAAAUGGUUUUCUUCUAAAAAAAAAAAAAAUGUUUUCAUUGUAAUGUAAUUGGGGUUGUUACAUUCCGUACAUUUGAGGGGAAUUUGUGAGAAUUGUUAACCUGAGACCUGAAGCCAUUGAGAAGGUGUGAUGUGUUCUAACUUACCUAACCUGCGUUUUUUUUUUAAAUGCCAUGCUAGUUAUUUGUUUGUUGUUAUUGGGUUUAUUUACAUCUUGGAAAACUGACUUCUCUUAUUUUCAGAUUUUUCAUACACGAUGCCAACAUCUAAUAAGAAGCUAUACAUUAGUGAUUCUUAAGAACAACUAUACCAUACUCAGGUUGUUGUCAUUGGUUAAAAGUGUAUGUGGUGUUGAUGAAUUGGUAUAUGAGAAACGAGACCAAGGAAAUAGCACUUCAUUACAGUGGUCAUCUAUGUUCACUGAUGAAACUGUUUAAAACCAAAAACAUUCAGUUUUGAUUCCCAAAGUGUGUUUUUCUGACAAUGAAUUAACAGUCAGGUUAAAUAAAAGCUCACCUGGCCAUUCAGGUACGUUAGUUUCAUGCAUACUGGACAUGCCAAAAUCAUUAGAUUUUUCUCACUACUUGAUUAACCAUUGUUAACUUCCCAAUCUAUCCUAAAGGAAAACAUUUUAUUUUCUUUCAAUGGUGAUACAAAAGGAGUUCAAUAAAAUAAGAAAAUGAAUUCUCCCCAUUUAAUGAGCUUGUGGAUUUCCUAUGGGCUACUUUCACAUUCAGUGUGGCUGUAAAUCAUUCUCUGCUGUUGCCUUUCAUAUAACCGGUAUGAAACCACAAACUACUCACCUCCCCUUAUCCAAAAAUGUAUUGGUCUCUGUGGAAUUGUAUUGUGCAGUACAGUUUUUUUUUUUUUUUUUUACAAGAAAAUCUGAAAAUAUGCAAAUAGAAAUGACAAAUACCUGAGUUACAUGUGUUGCUCUAAACAGAGAUUAUAGACAUGUACUGUCAUUUUCUUUUUUUUCUUUUCCAAUAUAAGCUAUUUUAGACAGAAAAUGUUCACUUUAGUGAAUGAACUCUGCAGGACAGAUUUUCAGGAAAACUUUCAAGUGUCAAUUAUAUACCAUUUUUGAUUUAGACAGAGUUCCAGUAUAUUAGAUUGUCUAACGGGUAGCCAAAGCAAAGCCAGACUCAAAGUUUCCCUGUAGUUUCAGUAGCUCUUGGAACGACAGACGUACAGGACUGUCCUAUAACACAUUUUAUAUGUAUUUUUUUGUGUACUAAUAUUAUGAAUAUAGUAGUCAGUCAACAACAAAAAAACUUCACACAAACUGUUUGUGAAAGUAAUCAACCAGCUUUGAACCUGACAAUUUGCACUACCCCAAAUAUAUUAUUUUGAAAUUCUAUUUUGUAUAAAACAGACGUUCACUUUUGAAACGUAUUAUCAAUGAUGAAGAAUGAUGAUGAUGAUGAUGAUCUGGUAUAUGCUUUCCUUUGAAGAUGGCUUAUUUAGCUUAUAGACUAUUUCAAUGAUGUACAUAUAACCCAAUGUAAAGAAAAAUAAUGUGUUGUAUUACUCCCACAAAUAAUAAUAAUUUUCUAUAUCUGUAUUAUUGCUCAUCUGUAGUAGGUCAUGUUGAUGCUUUUCCUUCCAUUAAAUGUUGAACUACG